AUGGCAGACAUUUCGACCACUGCCCCCCUCACCCGCGCGUCUGUCCAGGCUGCCCACGCCAUUGUCGCGCCGCACAUCCACCGCACACCCGUCGUCGCCUCGCAGACCCUCACUACGCUCGCGUCGACGCCGCAGGCCGACUUGUCCAGCACGCGCUUCGCGGGCCGCACGCCCGCGAAGCCCAGGAUACGACUAUGGUUCAAGUGCGAGAAUCUGCAGCGCAUCGGCGCCUUUAAAGUCCGCGGUGCAUUCCAUGCGGUGGGCAAGCUUCUCCAGGAGGACGGCUGGGUGCAAGAUGGUGGUAAAGAGCGUGGUGUAGUCACUCACUCAUCCGGCAACCACGCGCAGGCUCUCGCCCUCGCGGCCAAGGAGCAUGGUAUCCCCGCGCACAUCAUCAUGCCCUCCAUCUCGGUGCCGCAAAAGAUUGCCGCCACUCGGGGCUACGGCGCGAACGUCGUCUUUAGCGGGAGCACCGCGGCCGAACGUGAGGCUGUCGCCGCCGAGGUCAUUGCCGAGACCGGCGCGCGCCUCGUGCCGCCGUACGACCAUCCGGAUAUCAUGCUCGGCCAGGGAACCAUGGGUCUUGAACUACAGGAACAAGCCGCCGAGCUGAUGUCCAAGGGCUCCUCUCCUUACAAGGGUAGCGGGAAAGGACUGGAUGCGAUCAUCACGCCGUGCGGCGGCGGCGGCAUGCUCUCCGGCGUCGCAUUGUCCUGCGAAGGUACUGGAAUCAAGGUCUUUGGCGCGGAGCCCUCGUACCAGGGCGCCGACGAUGCCAAGCGCGGCUUUGAGAGCGGCGAGCGGGUGCUGUCCGUGUCGUCCCUCACGGUGGCGGACGGGCUGCGCACACCGCUAGGCAAGUACCCGUGGAGCGUGAUUUAUGAGAGGAAGCUGGUGGAGAGCAUGUAUAGCGUAACGGAGGAAGAGAUUGUGAGCGCGAUGCGGCUCGUGUUUGAGAGGAUGAAGAUGGUGGUUGAGCCGAGCGCGUGCGUGCCGCUCGCGGUGGCGCUGUACGAUGAGGAUUUCCGGAGCAUGGUGGAGAGGGAGGCGGGUGAGGAGGGAUGGGAUCUGGGGAUCGUCUUCAGUGGAGGAAAUGUAGGGGCGGAUGCGCUGGGGAAGUUGUUUGGUUUGAGGGAGUGA